AUAAAAUAAAAUAUGAGUAAAAAUAAUGCUCUCGUGUUUGUAAGCCGCAGCACCCCCUGCUGACCGUUAUCUGUCUUAGAUACUGUUGCUAACAACAAUCAACCCUCCAAAACAGAGGCAGACGAUUAAAGUCACCCUGAGAGUUUCUAAGCCCAGUGUUGGAUUCACUAUGUCUGGCGGACGGUCCACGACCAAAGCUGGCUUUGACAGCAGUGUGGGGGAAAGUGAAGAGACAGAUCUACAAAGAGUACAUCGACUGCGGCUGGAGUUACGCAGACUGGAAAGGAAUCGCGAGCUCUACUUGCAGGAAGAAGAAACUUUACGCAAACAGCGGCAACAGAUUGCUGAGCUGCGUGCUGAACAAGAGAGACUGCUGCAAGCGCGCAGAGAGAGUGAAAGUCCGGCUGUCAAGGCUGUCAGAGAUCUGCUGAAGCAACGUGACAAGCUAGACGAAGAAACUGAGAAAGAAAAACAGACCCAAGCAGAGCUGCAAAAAGAGAUCAUGAUUAUGGAGAAAAAACUGGCGGAAAUGAGAAGAGGACAGGCUUCCCACGGUCACAAUUCUCAGCACCGCGACAUUCAGAAGGCCAUACGAACCACACAGAGCAAACUGGAUCGGUCUCGUGCUCGCUUUAACGAACAGAUGAAGAUAAACAGCCAGCACAGAAAAGAUAUUGAGAUGCUACACAUGCAGCGUACCCGAUUCCAGCAGCUGUAUCGCAAACUGGAGAAGGUGUUGCAAGAUAUCCGUAAGGAAAUUGCUGAAGUUGUCGACAAGUCAGCCACAGCUUACGAUGCAAAAGUGGAUGCUCAGACCAAAACAUCCAUGAUAAAGGAGAAGGCGGUGAAGGAUCUUGCACAGUACUCAGCUGAGAUGCAGGAGCUGGAGAGAGUCAUCGCUCAUGAACACCAACUCAAAGAGUUCAUGAGCACCAAGAAUAAUCAGAGAGCCAACGUGGAUAAUGGGAAGAAAAACAGACGCAGACAGGAGAUGAAGGAGCAGAGGAAGGCAGACGGAGGAGAAGAGACACCCGAGUCUCUGAGGAAGGCUUUCCAGCAGAUUCAGGAACUGACUGGAGAAGACAAUUUGGGGAAGCUGGUUACAAAAUUCAUUCAGGGUGAAGAAAGGAACUUUGCUCUGUUUAAUUACGUGAAUGAACAGAAUGCGGAAGCUGAGAAACUGAGAGAGGAAAUCCAACAGAUCAGAAAAGAUACGGAGCAGCUGAACAUAAAAAGUCGCCAGCAGGAGCAGGAAAGUCAGGUGGCUUUAAAACAGGUGAAGGAUCAACUGCAAGAGUGUAAGGCACAGACUCAACUGUAUGAAGACCAGGCCGAUCACAUCAGCAAGAUCCUUGAUCAGUUCAAAACAGGGAUAGACAGUAUGUUCAAAAGGACUGACUGCAGCUUAGGGCAGAUGGAAGGCAUGCUGGGAUCUUCCUCUGGGAUCACAGACAGUAAUCUGAUGAUGUACCUCGGCUUGGUGGAGCAGAAGGCCAGUGAACUGCUCACCAUCCAAGCCUUCAUUAGAUCUAAGGACCCAGAGAACAGUUCUGAUCUGAAAACGGUCGCUCCGUUCCUGCUGGGUCAGAAACUAGACGUUCAGACACACGAGGCGAUCGUUCAGCCUCCUGCUACCAGGCAUGAUUAUGAGGCAGAGGACUCUUCUCUGAUAGAUGAAGCGGAACGACCUUUGACACGUGAAGAACUCCGUCAGCACAUUAUGAGGAAGAGUCAGGACCAGCUUAAAGACGAGUCUCUGCGUGCAGGAGGGAGCAGAGAAGUGAAAACCCCUAAGAGCAGCACCAUGUCCAGAACCUCCCUGGAGGCCUAAGAAGCAGUCUGGUCUUCUGGGUAUUAUUUUACUAUGCAUGUUUUUCUGUGUAAUGCUUGAAGGAUUUGGGUCUCUUAUUAUUAUUAAAUGAUAAUAAUUCUCAUUAUUAUUUAAUAAAUAACAUAAAAUAAAGUAUAUUCUUAACUCAAUUCCUGUUUACUUUGAAAACCUCAAAAUUGCACAUCGCAUAGAUUUUGUUAUCCAGGAGAUUUUCUUAUAAUUGUGUAAUUAUGUUCCAUUUUCUGCAGCUCAUUCUCUAGUAUGUUUUUUUAUUGUUAUUUUAUAUGCUAUGCAGAGUAUAAGAAUGUUUUCUGGUUAAUUAGAUUUGAGUUUAACUGGUUUGAAAUUUGAUGCCUUUUUAGCCCCCCCCCAUUUUGUGCACAAGGCCCACCUGGUUACCAUGGUAGCAACAAUCCCCCCCCAUCACAGCUGAAGCUCAUUUCCGCAUACGAGCAAUGGCUUGGUCACAGCCACUUACAAGAACUGCGCACUGCAAAAAAACAAAUCGAACAAACAAACAAAAAAAACACCUCAGAGAUAACGCUGACAAGAAAGAAAGUAAAUGACUUAUGAAUAGGCAGAAUUUGAUACAUAUCAUAUCAUUCUUUUGUCACGUCUUGAACAGUAUGUAGCUUCUCUCACCUGUGGCGUUCCCCAAGGUUCAAUCUUGGCUCCAACUCGGUUUUCACUAUUCUUGUUACCUCUAGGGACCAUUCUUAGGAGGAAUAGAGUGUCUUUUCACUUGGAUGCAGAUGACACUCAAAUCUAUUUUCCUUUGAAGCAUAAUUAAAGGAAAAGUUUAGAAACUUUGGUUGCUUGUCUAAACGAUAUACAAUCCUGGAUGACCUCAUAUUUUUUAGACUUAAAUGCGAGUAAAACAGAAGCAAUUGUGUUUGGGUCCUCUGUGGGUAAAAAAAAAACUACUGUUAAUGUUUCCAAUCUGUACUCUUACAUCAAACCGACUGUGAAAGAUCUGGGAGUCUUUUUGGAUUCCACUUUAAAGUUUUAUCACCUGAAACUUCUGUCUAGAGUAAAGUCUUUUCUAUCCCCCAAAUAUCUUGAAAGAGUUACACAUGCUAUUGUUCUAUACAUCUUGGAUUAUUGUAAUUCUUUAUACACUGGAAUAUCCAUAUCCUCUAUUAGUUCAAAAUGCUGCAGCCAGAUAUUUAACUGGACCCUGCAAACCUUAACAUAUUACUAUUUUAAAGGCCCUUAACUGGUUGCCAGGUUGUAAUAAGUUGAUUUCAAAAUGUUGUUUGUUUUUAAAUGUCUAAAUGUUCUUGUGCACACAUACUUAUCUGAACUCUUAAGUCUGAACACGUCAGGCAGGUGCAUACGGUCCACAAACAGAAAUGGCCCAGCCUCGAACAUGUUUGAAGUCGAGAGGGGAUCGUGUGUUCGCAGUUGUUCGUCCUAGGCUUUGGAAUAGCCUUCCCUUACCUCUAAGAUCCAUGUCCUCUGUACUUAAGUUUAAAUCUAAGUUUUUAAACAAAUCUUAAUUAUAUUUGUAUUUCUUUAUUAGUUACUCGACUUUUUUCUCUUUGUCUUGUACCUUAGUCUUACAAUAAUCUGUAAAGAACAAUGGUCAACUCCUGUUGUUUAUUUGUGCUAUAUAAACAAACGAAAUAAAAAUAAUUUCUAU